UGGCUGGCUGGCUGGCUGGCGCUGCCUGAGCCGGGACGCUCCUCGGGUUAGUGUCUCCGCGGCUCCGGCCGGGUAGCUACGAACGAACCAAGCCGGGCGGCUCCCUCCGCCCUCUCCGCCAGCCAAGCCCGGCACCCUCAGCUCAGCCCAGCUCAGCCAUGGCCGAAGGAGGCGGGGAAGGAGAAGACGACGUGCUCUUCCUCCGGACCGAUGACGAAGUUGUUCUUCAGUGUUCUGCCACCAUCUUGAAGGAACAGCUGAAGUUAUGUCUGGCUGCAGAAGGCUUUGGGAACCGGCUCUGUUUUCUGGAAACUACCUCCAAUGCUCAGAAAGUCCCCCCAGAUCUGGCCAUAUGUUGCUUCAGCCUGGAACAGUCCUUGUCCGUACGAGCCUUGCAGGAGAUGCUGGCCAAUACCGUGGAGGUGGGUUCCGAGGGUGUUGACUUGGACAAGUGGUCUUCUCAAGGUGGCGGACACAGGACACUCCUGUAUGGACACGCUAUUCUUCUCCGGCAUUCCCACAGUGGCAUGUAUUUAAGCUGCCUAACCACAUCCCGUUCCCUGACGGAUAAACUUGCCUUUGACGUGGGCCUUCAGGAGGAUGCAACAGGUGAAGCCUGUUGGUGGACUAUCCACCCUGCCUCCAAGCAGCGAUCAGAAGGGGAGAAGGUGCGGGUUGGUGAUGACCUCAUCCUUGUCAGCGUCUCCUCUGAACGAUACCUGCACCUGUCCACAGCCAGUGGAGAACUUCAAGUGGAUGCCUCCUUCAUGCAAACGCUUUGGAACAUGAACCCCAUCUGCUCCGGCUGUGAAGAAGGGUACGUGACUGGAGGCCACGUCAUGCGCCUCUUCCACGGCCACAUGGAUGAAUGCCUCACCAUCUCCACCACGGACCAGAACGAAGAGCAGCGCAAGGUGGUGAAUUACGAAGGUGGAGCUGUCUGUUCCCAGGCCCGUUCGCUCUGGCGUCUGGAGCCCUUACGCAUCAGCUGGAGCGGCAGCCACAAGAAGUGGGGCCAGCCCUUCCGCGUCCGCCAUGUCACCACGGGCCGCUACCUGGCAUUGACCGAGGAGAAGGGGCUGGUUGUGGUAGACGCUGAGAAAGCGAACACCAAAGCCACGGCCUUCUGCUUCCGGAUCUCUAAGGAAAAACUGGACGUGGCUCCGAAGCGAGACGUGGAGGGAAUGGGAGCCCCUGAGAUUAAGUACGGGGAGUCCAUGUGUUUUGUCCAGCAUGUCGACAGCGGCCUCUGGGUGACAUAUGCGGCGGCUGAUGCCAAGGCUCUGCGACUGGGGCUGGUCAAGAGAAGGGCCAUCUUGCAUCAGGAAGGACACAUGGACGAUGCUCUUUCACUGACCCGCUGCCAGCGUGAGGAGUCACAGGCGGCCCGGAUGAUCUACAGCACUUCCGGGCUUUACAACCAGUUCAUCAAGGGCCUGGACACCCUGAGCGGAAAGGUCAAGUCAAGCACCCCAGUGACACUUCCCAUCGAUGGGAUGAUUCUCAGCUUGCAGGAUCUGAUCAGCUACUUCCAGCACCCUGAGGAAGAGCUGCAGCACGAGGAGAAGCAGACCAAGCUCCGUUCCCUCAAAAACAGGCAGAACCUCUUCCAGGAGGAGGGCAUGAUCACACUCGUUCUGAACUGCAUCGACCGCCUUAACGUGUACAGCACCUCUGCACACUUCGCUGAGUACGCUGGGGAGGAUGCAGCCGAGUCCUGGAAGGAGAUUGUCAACCUGCUGUAUGAGCUACUUGCCUCACUGAUCCGUAGGAAUCGCUCCAACUGUGCCCUUUUCUCCAACAACUUGGACUGGCUGGUCAGCAAGCUGGAUCGACUGGAAGCCUCUUCUGGCAUCUUGGAGGUUUUAUACUGUGUGCUCAUUGAAAGCCCUGAAGUUCUGAACAUCAUCCAAGAGAACCACAUCAAGUCCAUCAUCUCACUGUUGGACAAGCAUGGGCGCAACCACAAGGUCCUGGACGUCCUUUGUUCUCUGUGUGUCUGCAAUGGUGUGGCCGUUCGCUCUAACCAAAACCUCAUCACUGAAAACUUGCUCCCGGGGAGGGAUCUGCUUUUGCAGACGAAGCUCAUCAACCAUGUCACCAGCAUGCGCCCCAACAUCUUUGUGGGCACGCACGAAGGCUCCACCCAGUACAAGAAGUGGUACUACGAGCUGAUUGUGGAUUACGUGGAACCGUUUGUGACUUCACAGACCACCCAUCUGCGAGUUGGCUGGGCCAUGGUGGAGGGCUACAGCCCCUACCCUGGGGGCGGGGAAGGUUGGGGAGGCAACGGCGUUGGGGACGACCUCUACUCCUUCGGCUUCGAUGGCCUGCAUCUGUGGUCAGGCCGCGUGGCUCGGGCCGUGACAUCACCCGGGCAGCACACUCUGGGGGCGGACGACGUGGUGAGCUGCUGCCUUGAUCUGAGUGUUCCCAGCAUUUCCUUCCGCAUCAACGGUUUCCCUGUCCAGGGCAUGUUUGAGAACUUCAACCUGGAUGGGCUCUUCUUCCCUGUGGUCAGCUUUUCUGCUGGCAUCAAGGUGCGGUUCCUCCUGGGGGGUCGUCAUGGGGACUUCAAGUUCCUGCCUCCACCAGGCUAUUCGCCCUGCUAUGAGGCCCUCUUGCCCCGUGAGAAGAUGCGCGUGGAGCCCAUCAAGGAGUAUAAGCAUGACUUCAAUGGGUUCCGAAAUCUUCUAGGGCCUAUGCAGUCUUUAUCCCAUACCUCCUUCACCCCGUACCCUGUGGACACUAUCCAGAUUGUUUUGCCCCCGCAUCUUGAGCGGAUCCGGGAGAAGCUGGCAGAGAACAUCCACGAACUUUGGGCCUUGACCCGCAUCGAGCAAGGAUGGACUUACGGCCCUAUCCGGGAUGACAAUAAGCGCUUGCACCCGUGUUUGCUGGAUUUCCACAGCCUGCCUGAACCAGAACGCAAUUACAACCUGCAGAUGUCGGGAGAGACACUCAAGACCUUGCUUGCUUUGGGCUGCCAUGUGGGGAUGGCAGAUGAGAAAGCUGAAGAGAACCUCAAGAGGACGAAGCUUCCCAAAACGUACAUGAUGUCCAAUGGUUACAAACCAGCUCCGCUGGAUCUCAACCACAUCAAGCUCACCCCAGCCCAGAACACACUUGUGGACAAGCUGGCAGAGAAUGGGCACAAUGUCUGGGCAAGAGAUCGUGUCCAGCAGGGGUGGACCUACAGUGUCCUGCAGGACAUCAAAAACAAACGCAACCCCCGCCUGGUGCCCUACAGCCUGUUAGACGAGCGGACUAAGAAAACAAACCGGGACAGCUUGCGUGAGGCAGUGCGCACCCUCAUUGGCUACGGAUACAACAUUGAGCCGCCAGACCAGGAAGCUUGUCUAGACCUGACCAAGAGACGGUCAGACAGGGUCCGCAUCUUCCGGGCUGAGCAGUUCUAUGCAGUGAAGUCGGGGAAAUGGUACUUUGAAUUUGAAGCAGUCACCACCGGCGAGAUGCGUGUGGGCUGGGCACGACCAAAUGUGCGCCCUGACGUGGAGCUGGGUGCAGAUGACCUUUCCUAUGUUUUUAAUGGACAUCGGGGACAGCGCUGGCAUGUGGGAAGUGAGCCUUUUGGCCGCCCGUGGCAACCAGGCGAUGUGGUUGGCUGCAUGAUAGACCUCACCGACAACAACAUCAUGUUCACGCUCAAUGGGGAGAUGUUGAUCAGUGACUCGGGGUCAGAACUGGCCUUCAAAGAAAUUGAGAUUGGGGAUGGCUUCAUCCCAGUGUGCAGUUUGGGCUUGUCUCAGGUUGGGCGCCUCAACUUAGGCCAGGAUGUCAGCAGCCUCCGCUACUUCACCAUCUGUGGCCUGCAGGAAGGCUUUGAGCCUUUCGCUAUCAACAUGAAGCGGGACAUCACCAUGUGGUUCAGCAAGAGCCUGCCCCAGUUCUCCCUGGUGCCAACGGAGCACCCUCAUUAUGAGGUAUCGCGGAUCGACGGCACCGUGGACAGCCCACCGUGCCUGAAGCUGACGCACCGGACGUUUGGCUCGCAGAAUGCGGUCGUGGAGCUCCUCUUCCUUCGCCUCAGCAUGCCCGUGGAGUUCCACGAGAGAUUCAAGUUCCCGGCCGGCACCACUCCCCUCACGCACGCCCUCACCAUCCCCGAAGACGAGGUCAAGGACGUCGACCUCGAUUCGGAGUUUGAGCAGCUGAAGAAAACGGCCAGCCCGAAGGAGGCUGAGGAGGCCGAGAAGGAGAAGCAAGGCCCUGCGCCAUCCGCCACCCCGAGGGAGCACCCCAGGUCCGAGAACGAAAAGGACGCCUCAACAGAAAAGAGCAAGACAAAGCGAGGCUUCCUGUUCAAAGCCAAGAAGGCCACCACCUUCAUCACCCCUGCUCCAGUGGUCCCUACAGUACCUCGGUUGGAAGAGGAGGUGGUUCCAGAUGACCGAGAUGACCCAGAAAUCAUCAUGAACACCACAACGUAUUUCUACUCAGUUCGGAUCUUUGCGGGUCAGGAGCCUACCUGUGUCUGGGUAGGCUGGGUCACACCUGACUACCACCAGCACGACAUGAACUUUGACCUCACCAAGGUGCGCAACGUCACCGUCACCAUGGGUGAUGACAAGGGAAACAUCCAUGACAGCAUCAAGCGAAGCAAUUGCUACAUGGUCUGGGGAGGAGACUUUGUCAGCAAUACCCAGCAGACUCGGGUCAGCACUGUGGACCUGGUGAUUGGCUGCCUGAUUGACCUGGCAACAGGUCUCAUGACUUUCACGGCCAAUGGGAAAGAGGUCAACACUUUCUUCCAGGUGGAGCCAAACACGAAACUGUUUCCUGCUGUUGUCGUUCUCCCAACAAACCAGAAUGUAAUCCAGUUUGAACUGGGCAAGUUGAAGAACAUCAUGCCCAUCUCAGCUGCCAUGUUCCACAGUGAGCGGAAGAACCCAGAACCCCAGUGCCCGCCACGGCUUGUCAUCCAGAUGCUGAUGCCGAUGACCUGGAGCCGCAUGCCCAAUGAGUUCCUGCGGGUGGAUGUCGCCCGUUUUAGUGACCGGCAUGGGUGGAUGGUGGAGUGUACAGACCCCAACAUCAUGAUGGCCCUCCACAUCCCAGAGGAAAGUCGGUGCAUAGACAUCCUGGAGUUGUCAGAGCGCCUGGACCUGCUGAAGUUCCAUUCGCAUACCCUGAAGCUUUACUGCGCUGUGUGUGCCUUGGGCAACAACCGGGUGGCGCAUGCCCUGUGCAGCCAUGUGGAUGAGUCGCAGCUGCUGUACACCAUUGAGAGCAACCACCUGCCUGGCCUCCUGCGCAGUGGCUACUAUGACCUGCUUAUCAGCAUGCACCUGGAGUCGGCCAAGCGCUCCCGCCUCAUGAUGAACAGUGAGUUCAUCGUCCCCAUGACAGACGAGACCAAGAGCAUCACGCUCUUCCCGGAUGACACCAAGAACCCCGGUUUGCCUGGCGUCGGCAUGAGCACUUGCUUGCGCCCUCCGCUGCACUUCUCAGACACUUGCUUUGUCAGCACCACCUCCGAGCUGUACCAGCUGAGUCCUUCCAUUCCCUUGGAUGUGCUGAAGGUGAAAGCCAUUAACAUGCUGACUGAGGCUGUCCAAGAUGGUGGGCAGCACACCCGCGACCCCGUAGGGGGCAGCGUGGAGUUCCAGUUCGUGCCCGUCCUCAAGUUGAUCUGUACCCUCCUCAUCAUGGGUGUCUUUGAGGACGAGGACGUGCGCCACAUCCUCAAGAUGAUCGAGCCCAACGUCUUUGUGGAGUCCAAGGAGGAAGAGCAAGAGCUGGCAGAUGCCAAAGAGGAGGGUGAAGAAGGAGAAGAGCCAGCACCUGUGGAGGAAGAGGAGGAGGAGGAAUUGGCUGCAGUGGAGGAGGAGGCGGAAGAAGAAGAGGAGGUGGAGAAAGAGGCCGGAGGAGGUCAGAAGGAAGGAGCUGAGGAAGGCGAGAAGAGGGAGCUGAAAGCCAUCGAGGCCGGGGAGGCAGAAGCCAAACAGGAGGAGGAGGGGUUGGAGGAAGGCCUGCUGCAGAUGAAGCUUCCCGAAUCCGUCAAGCUGCAGAUGUGCAACCUGCUGCAGUUCUUCUGUGACCGUGAGCUGCAGCACCGCGUGGAAGCAAUCAUUGCUUUCUCGGAGCGCUAUGUGGACAGGCUGCAGACCAACCAGCGCCAGCGCUAUGGCACCCUCAUGCAGGCCUUCACCAUGACAGCUGCUGAGACAGCCCGGCGUACCCGAGAGUUCCGCUCCCCUCCUCAGGAGCAGAUUAACAUGCUGCUGCAGUUUAAGAAUGGUGCCGAUGAGGAGGAGUGCCCAAUACCAGAGGAGAUCCGAGAUGAACUGCUGGAAUUUCACACUGACUUGCUGGCUCACUGUGGUAUCCAACCAGAGGGUGAGGAGGAACAGGAGGAGGAAGACGCACCCUUCCACCGACGGUUGAUGAGCUUAGUGGAGAAGGUAGUGAGCUUCCGCAAGAAGAAAGAGGAAACAGAAGGGGAACAGCCUCCAGAAGAGGAGUCAAAACCCAGCACUCUGCAGGAGCUGAUCUCGCACACCAUGGUCCACUGGGCCCAAGAGUCCUUCAUCCAGAGCCCAGAGCUUGUGCGGGUCAUGUUCAGCCUUCUCCAUCGUCAGUACGAUGGCCUUGGGGAGUUAAUCCGUGCCCUGCCCAAGGCCUACACCAUCAACGCCAAUUCUGUGGAUGACACCAUGAGCCUGUUGGAGUGCCUGGGCCAGAUCCGCUCGCUGCUCAUCGUCCAGAUGGGGCCUGAGGAGGAGAACCUGAUGAUACAGAGUAUUGGCAACAUUAUGAACAACAAAGUCUUCUACCAGCACCCCAACCUGAUGAGGGCCCUAGGAAUGCAUGAGACAGUCAUGGAGGUGAUGGUGAACGUGCUUGGAGGAGGAGAUUCAAAGGAGAUCCGCUUCCCGAAGAUGGUGACCAACUGCUGCCGCUUCCUGUGCUACUUCUGCCGCAUCAGUCGCCAGAACCAGCGCUCCAUGUUUGACCACCUCAGCUACCUGCUGGAGAACAGCGGCAUUGGACUGGGCAUGCGCGGAUCCACACCCUUGGACGUGGCGGCUGCUUCUGUUAUUGAUAACAAUGAGUUGGCUCUGGCCUUGCAGGAGCAAGAUCUGGAGAAGGUGGUGACGUACCUGGCAGGGUCUGGCCUUCAGAGCUGUUCUAUGCUGGUCUCUAAGGGAUACCCCGACAUUGGCUGGAACCCCUGUGGAGGAGAGCGUUAUCUUGACUUCCUGCGCUUCACUGUCUUUGUCAACGGUGAGAGCGUGGAAGAGAACGCCAAUGUGGUUGUGCGCCUGUUGAUCCGGCGUCCAGAGUGCUUCGGCCCCGCCCUACGGGGUGAAGGUGGCAAUGGGUUGUUGGCCGCCAUAGAGGAGGCCAUGCAGAUCUCCCAGGACCCUGCCCGCGAUGGCCCCACGAUCAAGAAAGAUCGCCGUCGGGAGCUAUUUGGGGGAGAGGAAACUCACGAGGAGAACCGGGUCCAUUUGGGCAAUGCAGUCAUGUCCUUCUAUGCUGCCCUCAUCGAUUUGCUGGGGCGCUGUGCUCCUGAGAUGCAUCUCAUCCAGGCUGGGAAAGGUGAAGCCCUCCGGAUCAGAGCCAUAUUGCGCUCUUUGGUGCCCAUUGAGGACCUCGUUGGAGUCAUCAGCCUCCCACUGCAGAUCCCUUCAUUCGGCAAAGAUGGCAACGUUAUCGAGCCCAAGAUGUCUGCGAGCUUCGUGCCUGACCACAAGGCCCCCAUGGUGUUGUUCCUGGACCGAGUCUAUGGCAUUGAAAACCAGGACUUCCUUCUCCAUGUGCUGGAGGUGGGCUUUUUGCCUGACAUGAGAGCCGCUGCCUCAUUGGACACGGCUGCCUUCAGCACCACAGAGAUGGCACUGGCCAUGAAUCGCUAUCUGUGCUUGGCUGUGCUACCGCUCAUCACCAAGUGUGCUCCCCUUUUCGCUGGCACUGAGCACCGGGCCAUCAUGGUGGACUCCAUGCUGCAUACCAUCUACCGGCUGUCACGUGGGCGCUCCCUUACCAAGGCACAGCGUGACGUCAUUGAGGAGUGUCUCAUGGCACUGUGCAGGUUUAUCCGGCCCUCCAUGCUCCAGCACCUCCUGCGCCGGCUGGUAUUUGAUGUGCCCAUCCUCAAUGAGUUUGCAAAGAUGUCCUUGAAGCUCCUGACCAAUCAUUACGAGCGUUGCUGGAAGUAUUACUGCUUGCCCACUGGCUGGGCUAACUACGGGGUCAGUUCUGAGGAGGAGCUUCACCUGACCCGGAAGCUCUUCUGGGGCAUCUUUGAGUCAUUGUCCCAUAAGAAAUUUGACCCUGACCUGUACAAGCUCGCCAUGCCCUGCCUGUGUGCCAUUGCAGGCGCCAUCCCACCUGACUAUGUGGAUGCCAGCUACUCCUCCAAGACCGAGAAGAAGGCCUCUGUGGAUGCCGAGGGCAACUUCGACCCCAAGCCUGUGGAGACCCUCAAUGUCAUCAUUCCUGAGAAGCUGGACUCUUUCAUCAACAAGUAUGCCGAGUAUACUCACGAGAAGUGGGCCUUUGACAAGAUUCAGAAUAACUGGUCCUUUGGGGAAGCAUACGAUGAAGAGGCAAAGACAAGCUCCAUGUUGCGCCCUUAUAAAACAUACUCAGAAAAGGAUAAGGAAAUUUACCGCUGGCCCAUCAAGGAAUCUCUGAAGGCCAUGAUUGCUUGGGAGUGGACGAUAGAGAAGGCCCGCGAGGGCGAUGAGGAGAAGCCUGAGAAGAAAAAGACCCGCAAGAUCUCCCAGUCAGCACAGACCUACGACCCCAGCCAUGGCUACAACCCCCAGCCCAUGGACCUGUCUGGAGUGACCCUUUCCAGGGAACUGCAGGCCAUGGCGGAGCAGCUGGCUGAAAACUACCACAACACCUGGGGACGCAAGAAGAAGGUAGAGCUGGAAGCCAAAGGGGGUGGCACCCAUCCCUUGCUGGUGCCUUAUGAUACGCUGACAGCCAAGGAGAAGGCCCGGGACCGCGAAAAGGCCCAGGAGUUGCUCAAAUUCCUGCAGCUUCAUGGCUAUGCAGUGACAAGGGGGUUGAAGGACAUGGAACUGGACACAUCGUCCAUUGAGAAACGCUUUGCCUAUGGGUUCCUGCAGCAGCUGCUGAAAUGGAUGGACAUCUCUCAGGAGUUCAUUGCCCACCUGGAGGCUGUGGUGAGCAGCGGACGGGUGGAGAAAUCCCCUCAUGAACAAGAGAUCAAGUUCUUUGCCAAGAUCCUGUUGCCUCUCAUCAACCAGUACUUCACUAACCAUUGCCUCUACUUCUUGUCCACGCCGGCCAAAGUCCUAGGCAGUGGGGGCCACGCCUCCAACAAAGAGAAGGAGAUGAUAACCAGCCUUCUCUGCAAACUGGCAGCCCUGGUCAGGCACCGGGUCUCUCUCUUUGGCACGGAUGCCGCCGCUGUGGUCAACUGCCUACAUAUCCUGGGUCGCUCUUUGGAUGCCAGGACCGUGAUGAAAUCAGGCCCUGAGAUUGUGAAAGCUGGGCUGCGCUCUUUUUUUGAAGGUGCCUCGGAUGACAUUGAGAAGAUGGUGGAGAACCUCAAACUGGGCAAAGUGUCGCAGGCUCGCACCCAGGUCAAGGGCGUGGGCCAAAAUAUCACCUACACCACUGUGGCUCUGCUACCUGUGCUCACCUCCUUCUUUGAGCACAUCGCCCAGCACCAAUUUGGGGACGACGUCAUCUUGGAUGAUGUACAGGUAUCCUGCUACCGAACUCUCUGCAGUAUCUAUUCCCUGGGCACAACCAAAAAUCCUUAUGUAGAGAGGCAACGUCCGCAACUUGGGGAAUGCUUGGCACGGCUGGCGGCCGCGAUGCCUGUGGCCUUCCUGGAGCCUCAUUUCAAUGAAUACAACCCCUGCUCCGUCUACACUACCAAGUCGCCGAGGGAGCGAGCCAUUCUAGGCCUUCCAAACCGUGUGGAGGAGAUGUGCCCAGACAUCCCUGCCCUGGACAGGCUCAUGAAGGAUAUCAGCGGACUGGCGGAGUCCGGGGCCCGCUACACUGAGAUGCCGCACGUGAUCGAGGUCACCUUGCCAAUGCUGUGCAACUACUUGCCUCGCUGGUGGGAGCGGGGCCCUGAAACCAACCCCCAGGGGCCCUGGUGCACCGAAGUGACGUCCGACCACCUCAACACCUUACUGGGCAACAUCCUGAAGAUCAUAGUCAACAACCUGGGCAUAGACGAAGCUUCCUGGAUGAAGCGAUUGGCAGUCUUCGCUCAGCCUAUUGUCAGCAAGGCCAAGCCGGAACUGCUCCGCUCCCACUUCAUCCCUACCAUGGAGAAGCUGAAGAAGCGCUCUGGGAAGGUGGUGGCUGAGGAGGAACAGUUGCGUCUGGAAGCAAAGGCGGAGUUGGCGGAUGCCGAGCUGCUAAUCCGGGAUGAGUUCUCUGUGCUCUGCCGUGACCUCUAUGCCCUCUACCCACUGCUCAUCCGCUAUGUUGACAACAACAGGGCCAAUUGGUUGACGGAACCGAACUCAGAUGCUGAGGAGCUGUUCCGGAUGGUCGGGGAGGUGUUCAUUUACUGGUCCAAGUCGCACAACUUCAAACGGGAAGAGCAAAACUUCGUAGUGCAGAAUGAAAUCAACAACAUGUCCUUCCUGACCGCCGACAGCAAGAGCAAAAUGUCCAAGUCUGGAGAAGGCCAGUCGGGCGGCUCAGACCAGGAGCGGACCAAGAAGAAGCGCCGCGGGGACCGCUAUUCUGUGCAGACCUCGCUCAUUGUGGCCACCCUCAAGAAGAUGCUCCCCAUUGGGCUGAACAUGUGCUCCCCCACUGACCAGGAGCUGAUCAACUUGGCCAAGACACGCUAUGCCCUGAAAGACACCGACGAGGAAGUGCGUGAAUUCCUACACAGCAACCUCCACCUCCAGGACAAGUGUGAGAACUCCACAUCCAUGCGCUGGCAAAUGGCCCUUUACAAGGAGAUGUCUGGCAAAGCCGAGGACUCCAACAACCCAGUGAAGAUUGUCAAACGGGUGCAGGAGGUCUCCGCUGUGUUGUAUCACCUGGAGCAGACGGAGCACCCUUACAAGUCAAAGAAAGCUGUGUGGCACAAGCUGCUCUCCAAGCAACGCCGGCGGGCUGUGGUAGCCUGCUUCCGCAUGACGCCCAUCUACAACCUGCCCAGGCACCGGGCUUGCAACAUGUUCUUGGAGAGCUACAAGCUGUCCUGGAUCUUCACCGAAGAGCAUCCCUUUGAAGACAGGAUGAUCGAUGAUCUGUCUAAACCAGGGGAGGAGGAGGAAGAGGAGGAAGAGGUGGCAGAAAAGAAACCGGAUCCCCUGCACCAGCUCAUCCUGCAUUUCAGCAGGACAGCGCUGACAGAGAAGAGCAAACUGGAUGAAGACUAUCUGUACAUGGCAUAUGCUGACAUCAUGGCGAAGAGUUGCCACAUCAAUGAAGGAGAAGAAGGUGGCGAAGAAGGGGAAGACGCUGAAAUUUCCUUUGAGGAGAAGGAGAUGGAGAAGCAGAAACUUCUGUAUCAACAGUCCCGAUUGCACAACCGCGGGGCGGCCGAGAUGGUUCUGCAGAUGAUUAGUGCCUGCAAAGGAGAGCCUGGUGCUAUGGUAUCCUCCACCCUGAAACUGGGCAUCUCCAUCCUGAAUGGUGGCAAUGAAGAAGUGCAGCAGAAAAUGCUGGAUUAUCUGAAGGAGAAGCGGGAAGUUGGAUUUUUCCAGAGUGUUCAGGCGCUAAUGCAGACAUGCAGCGUGCUGGACCUCAAUGCCUUUGAGCGGCAAAACAAAGCCGAAGGCCUGGGAAUGGUGACAGAGGAAGGAACGAUCAUCAGUCGUGAAAAUGGAGAGAAGGUGAUGGCAGACGAUUUGUUUACACAGGACCUCUUUCGGUUCCUGCAGCUCCUUUGUGAAGGACAUAACAACGAUUUCCAGAACUACCUACGGACACAGACAGGGAACACAAACACCAUCAACAUCAUCAUCUGCACUGUUGACUACCUUCUGCGCCUGCAGGAGUCCAUUAGUGAUUUCUACUGGUAUUACUCGGGCAAGGAUGUGAUCGACGAUCAGGGCAAGCGCAACUUCUCCAAAGCCAUAGCUGUAGCCAAGCAAGUCUUCAACAGCCUCACCGAGUACAUCCAGGGGCCAUGCACUGGGAACCAGCAGAGCUUAGCGCACAGCAGGCUGUGGGAUGCUGUCAUUGGCUUCCUCCACGUUUUUGCUCAUAUGAUGAUGAAGUUGGCUCAGGAUUCGAGCCAAAUUGGGCUUCUGAAGGAACUCCUAGAUCUGCAGAAGGACAUGGUGGUGAUGUUGUUGUCCCUGCUGGAAGGGAACGUGGUGAAUGGUACUAUUGCUCGGCAGAUGGUGGACAUGUUGGUGGAAUCUUCCAGUAAUGUGGAGAUGAUUCUCAAGUUCUUCGAUAUGUUCUUGAAGCUGAAGGACAUUGUGGCAUCAGAUGCCUUCCGGGACUACAUAACAGAUCCACGGGGUCUCAUCUCCAAGAAGGAUUUCCAGAAGGCCAUGGACAGCCAAAAGCAAUACACGCCAUCUGAGAUCCAGUUCUUGCUGUCUUGCUCAGAGGCUGAUGAGAACGAGAUGAUUGACUAUGAGGAGUUUGCCAGCCGAUUCCAAGAGCCUGCCAAAGAUAUUGGCUUCAAUAUUGCUGUACUGCUAACCAACCUCUCGGAGCACAUACCUCAUGACAACCGCCUCAAGACCUUCCUAGAACUGGCAGAAUGCAUCCUCAAUUAUUUCAGUCCCUAUCUAGGCCGCAUCGAGAUUAUGGGUGCUAGCAAACGCAUUGAGCGCAUCUACUUUGAAAUCAGCGAGACCAACAAGGCCCAGUGGGAAAUGCCCCAGGUCAAGGAGUCCAAGCGGCAGUUCAUCUUUGACGUGGUCAAUGAAGGGGGUGAGUCAGAGAAGAUGGAGCUCUUCAUCAACUUCUGCGAGGACACCAUCUUUGAGAUGCAGAUUGCAGCACAGAUUUCAGAGGAAGAAGGUCAGGAGAAGGAAGAGGAGGAGGAGGAAGGAGAAGGGGCAGAAAGUGUGGAAGCCGAGAAGGUGUCGGCACCAUCAGAGGCAUCCUCAGUCUUUGGGGAAUUUGUGGAGAGUGUCCUGAACUUCUUCCGCAUGUUCAAUUACCGCAACAUCCGCCGGCAGUUCCGCAAGAUCAAGAAGAUGACAGUCAAGGAGAUGGCCAUGGGCGUGGCCACCUUCAUCUACACCAUUUUGAUGGGCAUCCUCUUCUUUUUCUGUAACAUCUUCAAGGGCAUCUUCUUCCUGAUCUGGAGCACGCUCUUUGGUGGUAGCUUGGUGGAGGAGGCCAAGAAGAUCACGGUAACCGAACUGCUGGCCAGCAUGCCUGACCCGACACAGGAUGAAGUGCAUGGAGAUGUUGCCCCUUCUGAGGAGGUUGAACAGGUGGACGAGGAAGGGCAAGAAGUGGAGUUAGCAGAGCCUGGCAAGGAGGAAACGCCUGUUGAAGGUGGGGAGGUCUUUGGAGUAGACCUGAAGAAAGAGCAUUUCCGACCCAUGGCUCCCGAUGCACCUGGCGGGCUAGGGGAUAUGGGGGACACAACCCCAGUGGAGCCCCCUACACCUGACGGAUCACCCAUCCUCAAGAGAAAACUGGGUGUGGAAGGGGAGGAAGAGGAGGCUGAGCCAGAGAAGAUUGAGGAGCCUCCUGUAGAAGCAGAGAAAGCUGAUGCUGAAAAUGGGGAGAAAGCAGCAAAGGAGGAGGAAGAGAAGAAGAAGGGGGAGGAAGAGCCAAAGGAGGAAGAGCCAAAGCCACUGGCCAAGCAGAAGAAGAAGAUGGCCCAAAGGGAGAAGAAAGAGUCUGAGGAGAGCUGCUCAGAGUUUUGGAAUGAGCUGGAGAUCCAGAGGACAAAGUUCCUGAAUUACCUGUCCAGGAAUUUCUACAACCUCCGCUUCCUUGCCCUCUUCUUGGCCUUUGCCAUCAACUUCAUCUUGCUCUUCUACAAGGUGUCAGACACGCCCCCAGGCGAGGAGGAGUUUGAGGGCUCCGGGUUCGAAGGGGAGCUGGAUGCAGGCUCUGGGGCCAGCUCUGGCUUCGGCGGGGGGGACGACGACGGCGGCAGGGACGGUAACGGAAAUGGCAACGGAGACGAAGACGAUGAAGACAGUGUGGUCUACUACUUCCUGGAGGAGAGCACCGGCUACAUGCAGCCAGCCUUGCAGCUCCUGGCCAUCAUCCACACACUGGUGGCCUUCCUCUGCAUUAUCGGCUACAACUGCCUCAAGGUGCCGCUGGUCAUCUUCAAGCGUGAAAAGGAGCUGGCCCGCAAGCUGGAGUUUGAUGGGCUCUAUAUCACUGAGCAGCCAGAGGACGAUGACAUUAAGGGCCAGUGGGACCGCCUGGUGCUCAAUGCACCGUCAUUCCCGAGCAAUUACUGGGACAAAUUCAUCAAGAGAAAGGUGCUAGAGAAAUACGGCGACAUCUAUGGGCGGGAGAGAAUUGCAGAACUGCUGGGAAUGGAUUUGGCUAGUCUGGAUAUGUCAGCACAGAAUGAAAAAAAACCUGAGCCAGACAAGUCGUUUUUAACUUGGAUCACUUCUAUUGACAUCAAGUACAAGAUCUGGAAAUUCGGAGUGAUCUUCACCAAUAACUCCUUCCUGUAUCUCUUCUGGUACAUGCUGAUGUCCGCCCUUGGCCACUACAACAACUUCUUCUUUGCCUGCCACCUCCUGGACAUCGCCAUGGGUGUCAAGACACUGCGGACCAUCCUCUCAUCCGUCACCCACAAUGGCAAACAGCUGCUGAUGACUGUGGGGCUGCUGGCGGUGAUUGUCUACCUCUAUACUGUGGUCGCCUUCAAUUUUUUCCGCAAGUUCUACAACAAGAGUGAGGAUGAGGAUGAGCCUGACAUGAAAUGUGAUGACAUGAUGACGUGCUAUCUGUUUCACAUGUACGUCGGGGUGCGUGCCGGCGGGGGCAUCGGCGAUGAGAUCGAGGACCCGGCAGGUGACGAGUAUGAGCUUUACCGCGUCAUCUUUGACAUCACUUUCUUCUUCUUUGUCAUUGUCAUCCUGCUGGCCAUUAUCCAAGGUUUGAUCAUUGAUGCCUUUGGGGAGCUGAGAGAUCAGCAGGAACAAGUGAAAGAGGACAUGGAGACCAAAUGUUUCAUCUGUGGAAUCGGCAGUGACUAUUUUGACACAACGCCGCACGGCUUUGACACCCACACGCUGGAGGAGCAUAACUUGGCAAAUUACAUGUUCUUCCUCAUGUACCUCAUCAAUAAGGAUGAAACGGAGCACACUGGCCAGGAGUCCUAUGUCUGGAAGAUGUACCAAGAGCGCUGCUGGGACUUCUUUCCUGCCGGCGACUGUUUCCGCAAGCAGUAUGAAGAUCAGCUGGGCUAGAUGCCUCCUUCCUCGCCCUGUGCCACGGAAGGCGCAACCGCUCUCGGUCCACCUUCCUUCCCUUGCCCUAGAGGGAGAGGGGGCAGCAGCGACACAGAGCAGCACCCCCCCCAUCUGAUCUUUUCCUUUCUAAGUCGUGCAGGAGCAGGUGGUGGCUCCCUUGUCUGCCCACCCUGACAUCACUUUGCUCCUUCUGUGUCCUCCUGCCGACUCCCCCCACCCCAUAGCCAGGCCCAGUUUUCUCCAUCCCUGGGCCAAAGAGACAAGUAUUCCUGCUCUUCAGAGAGAAAAAAAUAACCAUCUGAUGGCCCGGGGCUGUUCGGGCCAGCUUGUACCCAGGGCCACACUUAGGUUCCCACCUGGCCAGUAACUCUUCCUGCCAGUUUCCUGCCCUGUGGGGGUGUCCAUGCAAUACUUCCCUUCUUGGGUCAAAGGACCCCCCACACUUUCAAGUGCCUUUUAUAGACUCUUGCCCCAAGGGAGAAGGGAGGGAGGGCGGCGGGGAGCCAGAUGCUAUUUUAGAUUAACAAGGAGGAUGGAAUUAUUUUGCUGCUGUCUGUCAGUUGUCUAGCAAUCAGGUGCGGGAGCUGUAAGCUGAGGGAGGAAGGGAGAUGUUGGUCUUCAAAUCCAGGUUCCUAAGGAGGGGUGGGAGUGCCAGCAAUGCAGCCCCCUCCCACUUGAGCAUCACUUGCAGCAUUGCCCUACCAAAGCUGUGUCUCACUUGUGGGGCUAGCACUAUUUAUGGUUUGUGUGGUGGGGGCUUCUCUGUGCCAAUGGCUUCUUUCUGGAGCUGGAGAGGCACCCAUAAAUCUGACCCCAAUCUGUGUGUGUGUGUGUGUGUGUGUAGGUGGGGGGAGCCAGUGAUACCAGGCUUGACAGUGCAUCGCCCUCCUGCAAGUCACAGCCCCCCCCUUCACAUCCAGUUACUCUCUGUGUCUAUUGCCAGUGCCAUACAGAUUUUUCAGCCAGUCCUGGUAUGUGGGGCCCCUGGGUCCCAGUCCCCUCUGUCCUUCCCCCUGAGCCCAGCUUGGUUCCCUGCCAAUAAAACCAUAGAUUGCUGCAACUAGCAAA